AUCAAUUUUAAUAGUAGUCAUUAAUUCCUUGCUUGCAAGCCUUCCAUUACCUCUCUACUACCCUCAAGUUCUUUGUAGCCACUGGCCAGUACCUAUCAACCUCCAACCUCUGUUUGUUUCUUCUUCUGGUUUUUGAAGGCAGAGUCGUCUCCAAUUCUCUAAUCUUUUCUUCUUCAUGUUCAUUAUUUUUUCUUUCUCUCUUUGUUUUUCUUUUAACUUUCCUCUCUACUCGCCAUCUGUUUCUCUCUUUCCUCUUUUCUCUUGUAAGAAUAUUUGAAGAAGAGGCAUAUGAAUACAUCUCGAUUCUCAAGGAACCCACCUCCUAAGUUCCUCACGUGCACACUGCUCUUAUCCAUACCAUAUACUGCCAUGAUAUGAUUCUUGAUCUUUGUCUAUCAUCGAAUCUUGAAAAUCUUGAUUAGCCCUACCACGAACGGGAACAAGAACAAGAAGACGAAGAGCACAGUUCUUUUUUGAAUAUCUUUUUUUAUUUUCUUGUUUUAAUGGAGGGUCCGGUGAGACAGAAAAGUUUCUGGCAGACGAAGAUGACGAAACAGUUGACAAAGAAAAGAGACGAUUCGUUGUUGCAUGCGGCGGCGAGGGAAGGAAAUUUGGAAAUGGUUAGGGAGAUGAUGUCUGAAACUGCAGAGGCAGAGUUGAAAGAGAUGUUAUCAAAACAGAACCAAUCAGGAGAAACUGCGCUUUAUGUGGCUGCAGAGUGUGGCCAUGCUGAUUUAGUUAAGGAGAUGAUGAAAUACUAUGAUACAGGUUCUGCUAGUAUUAAAGCAAGAAAUGGCUGUGAUGCCUUUCACAUUGCUGCUAAGCAAGGUGAAUUGGAAACAUUGGUUGUUCUGAUGGAGGCUAAUCCUGAUCUUGCAAUGACUUAUGAUUCAUCAAAUACUACUGCUUUACAUUCUGCUGCCUCACAAGGCCAUGUUGAAGUGGUGAAUUUCCUUUUAGAAAAGGGUAGUAGCAAUUUGGUCUCCAUAGCUAAAAGCAAUUACAAAACUGCUUUGCAUUCAGCUGCAAGAAAUGGGCAUUUGGAGAUUCUAAAGGCUCUUGUGAAUAAAGAACCAGGGAUAGCAACAAGAAUUGAUAAGAAAGGUCAAACAGCUCUCCAUAUGGCUGUUAAAGGACAGAAAGUUGAGCUAGUUGAUGAGUUGAUCAUGUCAGAUCCUGCUUUGAUAAACAUGGUUGAUUCUAAGGGCAACACUGCCUUACAUAUUGCAGCCCGCAAGGGCAGAGCUCAGAUUGUCUCGAAGCUGCUUGACCACAAGGGACUUGACAAAAUAGCUAUUAACAAAUCAGGAGAAACAGCCUUUGACAGUGCUGAGAAAACUGGGCAUUCUGAAAUUUUAUCCAUCUUAGAACAGCACAGCGUACAAUCUGCGAAAUCCAUGAAACCAAACACCGCCCGUGAACUCAAACAAACUGUAAGUGACAUUAAACAUGAGGUUCACAACCAGCUUCAAACCACACGCAUUACGCGUAAACGAGUUCAAGGUAUAGCCAAGAGGGUAAACAAAAUGCAUACAGAAGGACUAAACAAUGCAAUAAACUCAACAACUGUUGUUGCUGUACUUAUUGCAACUGUUGCCUUUGCUGCUAUUUACCAAGUCCCUGGCCAAUUCGCGGAUGACCCAAAGCAUCUUGCUCCAGGACAAUCUGCAGGACAAGCAAAUGCUGCUUCACGACCUGAGUUCAUGAUAUUCAUAAUCUUUGACUCUAUUGCUCUCUUCAUUUCGCUUGCUGUCGUGGUUGUUCAAACAUCUGUAGUAGUUAUAGAGCGAAAAGCAAAAAAACAACUCAUGUCAGUUAUUAACAAGCUAAUGUGGUUAGCUUGUGUACUUAUAUCUAUUGCAUUUCUUGCACUGGCAUUUGUUGUUGUGGGAAAUAAGGAAAGAUGGUUGGCUGUUUGGAUAACUGGUAUAGGGACAGUGAUUAUGGUAACGACUAUUGGAACAAUGUGCUAUUGGGUUAUUGUUCAAAGAAUUGAGUCUUCCAAAUUGCGAAGUAUUAGGAGAUCAUCCAUGAGCAGAUCAUUAUCAGGAUCAAUGUCUAUUAUGGCAGAAUCAGAGAUUUUGGAGAAUGAGUAUAAGAAACUCUAUGCAAUCUGAGAUGACUCUUUUAGAUAUACUUACAUAUAUGUAUAGGUUAGGUAUAUAUUUCUUCACUUGCUAUCUUGUGUAUAUAUUUUUUUCACUUUGACCAUUUUGGCUUAAGCUUCUCAAUGAAGUGAAAGGUUGACACUUUUUGGAGAAAAUGGAAGAAGAUGAUGCAGGGAAUAUGAAGUUUUAUUUCAUUAGGAAUUAGUUUAGUCAAAGUGAUGUGUAUUUGGUCUUCUGAUUUGACCAUCAGGAUCCCUUUUAGGAUAUUGACUUUCUUGAACAUCUUUUCAUAUGAAAACAAACUUUACUGCCAGGUAGAUUGUAAUUUAACCUGCUGGACUUAUUUCUUCUACUUGACUUGGCUUUCCUUGUUAUAAAGCAGCAGCUUUUAUUUGUCAG